AAGAGGAAGGGAGAAAUAAAUCAAAACGCGGAGAGAAUCUCAGGCAGCUGAAGAAAGGACGGGAGAGAAAGAAGCUGACACCCAGGCAGAGAUGGGGGAGCAGCCAAUCUUCAGCACCAGGGCCCAUGUUUUCCAGAUCGACCCUGCCACCAAACGGAACUGGAUCCCUGCCAGCAAGCACGCUUUGACUGUCUCCUAUUUCUACGAUGCCACACGCAAUGUGUACCGGAUCAUCAGCGUGGGGGGCACCAAGGCAAUUAUCAACAGCACUAUUACCCCCAACAUGACCUUCACAAAGACGUCCCAGAAAUUUGGACAAUGGGCAGACAGCCGAGCCAAUACAGUGUAUGGGUUGGGGUUUGCUUCGGAGCAGCAUCUCUCCCAGUUUGCAGAGAAGUUCCAGGAAGUGAAAGAAGCAGCCCGUUUGGCGAGGGAGAAAUCCCAGGAUAAAACAGAGCUGACAAAUCCUGCCCUGAAUAUCACAUCUCACCAGGUUCUUCCCAGCCCCAUCAUCAGCUCCAAUGGGCCAGGAGAAGAUAAACUAUUCCGGAGCCAAAGUGCUGAUGUUGAGAUAACAACAGAGAAGGAACGGCUGAAGAAGAUGCUUUCAGAAGGUUCGGUGAGUGAGGUCCAGUGGGAGGCUGAAUUCUUCAGCCUCCAGGACAACAACAACAAGCUUGUGGCUGCUCUCCAUGAAGCCAACGCCAACGUGGACCAGUGGAAGAAGCAGCUGGCUGCUUAUCAGGAGGAGACAGAAACGCUGCGGCAGCGGGUAGCAGAGCUGGAGUCACAGAGUGCUCACGAUUCCUCCAGUGAGAACAACAAGGAAGAUCUGAGCCAAACCCUGGAGGAGCUGGAAAUACUGAUCAAGGCUAAAGACGAGGAGAUUCAGAUGCUAAAGAGCCAGAAGUGUGGCCGAUGGGAAGCAGAGGGUGAGCGUGAGGAGACACUGCAGAAGCUGCAGGAGCUGGAGGCAUGCAAUGCAGAACUGGAGCGACGCCUUCACCUUGCUGAGCAGACGCUGGCAGAGACCCUGGCUGAGAGGGAGAAGAUCCAGAAUGAGGUCACCAAGGUGGCAGAGAUAAUGGAUGUGAAGAUAUUUGAGCUCAGCGAGAUCCGUCAGGGACUAGCCAAGCUGGUAGAGAGCAACUGAGCAGCAGCACACUCAAAGGAGACACCUCCAGAGGAGGGGAGCCUGAGCUGGGACUGGUCACUGACAGCAAUUACAGUCACAGAACAGCCUCGAGGUCUGUUCGGGCAGGAUAUGCCAACAUACCAGCAGCUGCCUGGACAGUGUGGAGACCAGCCGCAGCCACUUACUGCCCACUGAACACCCAGAGAGAGGGCAGAGAGGACCUGAGCUCCUGAAUCCUCUACAGGGAGCAUCUACAAGUCACAGCCAGACCUCUCUGGACCCUGCCGUGGCUGUGGCAUGGUCCAGAGACAGCAGCUGUCCCUGUGCUGCCUUCCCAGCCUCCCUGCUGCCACACUGUGUCUCCAAUGUUUUUACAGUUUUCUAGGGGAAGGGGCUGAGCAGCCUUCGCGUUUUUUCAGUAGUUUUUUAGGAAACCACUUGCCUUUUGCAAAUAAGCUGCCUGUUUCCCCACCUAGGGAGGGAGGAGAAGUUCUAGCACACGGAGGACAACAGUUGCUCCUUUUCCUCUUCCCCAGCCCUAACUACAUCGUGUCUUUCUAACAGGAUCCAGUAACCCUGGUCACUGUCAGGAGCUUCCAGAGGUAGCAGAGUCCCCACUGCAGAGAAGGGUGCUUGCCUGACCGUGUGUCCUUUCCAGUGUUCAGUCAUAUCCUCCAGAGGAAAAGGAACUGCAGGUUUUAAAGCUCUUAUUAGUUUAACACAGUGGGAUUUAAUGACUUGUUAAAACUCCUUUAAGCUGAGAAGAGUAGAGGCUUGGUUGGGAAAGGGGCAUUUGAGAAAUGGGACAUCCCUGAGGGGAUGGCCAACAAACUGCUAGAUUGGCAUCUCUCCCGGCCUCUAAGGGCUGCAGUUAAUUGAAAUUAAAUGGAGCAAAU